AGACCUCUCUCUCCCUCUAUCUCUCUCUCAUGCAUACACACACACACACACACACCAUUGAAAAGUUAGAGCAAAGUCUUUCGUCUCUGACAGACCAGCAGCCACCCACUGCACGCUCCCCUGAGAGCACUGGACCCCUGCUCCCUCCCUUUCUCUCUCUCAGGCACUCGUUCACUCUUUAACUCAGUCCCUUACUCAUACUCAUACUCAUUCAUUGAAUCAAUCCAAAUUUUCAGCAGCUUCACUUGUCAGAGAGGACAUAAAGGAAUACAGGAAUCUGCUAUAGUCUCGCCUCAGCCACUCAGCCAGCAUGUGGUUUCUCCUGCUUGGACUCAUCUCUGGAUUGUUGGCCUCUUCUUGGGGAAGCACUGAAAAAGAGGUGAAGCUGCGAAGCUGCAGUUAUGUGGGAGUAUUCCAUAUUCAGGGCAAGGAUCGAUACACUUUGACCUUUGAUAACGCAAAAGAAACAUGUGAAGCACUGGGCACAACCUUGGCCAGUCUGGAGCAGGUGACUGCUGCCCAUGACAAGGGCUUGGAGAGCUGCAGGUAUGGUUGGAUCAGCAAUGGAAAUGUCACCAUUCCUCGACACGUGCCGAACCCACAGUGUGCAAACAAUCAGAUGGGCGUUAUUUCAUUGGUACCAACAGAUAAUGGAUAUGAUGCCUACUGCUAUGAUCAGACAGAUCAGUCUGACAAAAACUGCACUUUGGAAAUAAAAUAUCUGGAGUCUGAUCCUGAAUCGGUUACAGAGGACAGUGUAACCCAAGAUAUGGACAACACCAACUUGACAACCGACUUCCCUACUACGGAGGCUCCAGAGACUGUAGACACCACCAGCGACAUAAUAACUGUUACUGAUACACCUCCUGCUUUAGAGGAGACAAAUCAAAAUCCAAACAGCUCACAUGAGGAUGACAAUGUAUUAGACGAGGUGCUGAAUCAGACCACACAGUUUCCUCUCAUGACUCCUGAACCUGAACAACAGGAUAAAAUUUCAGAUGAGACAACCACCGCAAUAACUAGUCUAGAUAGUGGUGGCUCAGGUAUGGGAGACGCAACACUCAGCACCACAACUGAAACAACCAGUGAAGAGAUAUAUGCGUAUUUCACAAAGAGCAUUCCAGUAGCAUCCACUGAAGAUGAGCCAGAGAAGCCAGUUUCUGUGAACGAAGGAGGGAGGAAGGCACCAGACAUGGCUGAAACACCAGAGGAGAAAGCCAGCACUAACAGUAAUAAAGACUGGUUGGUCGUCUUGCUUGUGGUUGUGGCCAUCGCUGCUAUUAUUCUUGUGUGUGUUCUUGUGGUAACAAGGAACAGGUGGUGUGGGAAGAGAAAGACUCUGAUGAUCACGUCCAAGAGCAGCAGUGAGGGCAAUGGAACAGCAGCAUCAGUGGCCAGCCCCCAGGCUCAGGAGAGAGAGCAGGAGAUGGUGACGCUCAUGAACAAAGAGAAGAUCCAGGAGAACGGCAACACGGAGGAGUUUACUGUGAUCACUCUGGAAGAAUCGCCAGAGAAAAACGAGCAAGCAUGAAAGACAGAAGGAGAGAAUAAGACAUAGUGAGGAUGAGAUGAGGGAGGGGGAGGGGAGAGAAAGAGAAAGAGAGAGAGAGAGAGAGAGAGAGAGAGAGAGAGAGAGAGAGAGAGAGAGAGAAAGAUGGGUCUUGGCUUAAGUCUUGACCAAACAGAGAGAAGCUGUUAGAUGCUUUGGGAACCAGAAAGACACUGAGAUACUUUUGGUGACAUAAUAUUGUGUAACAUCUAUAAGGGUGGUAUAAAAUUCUGUCCUUAUGUUCAGACCUUUUAUAUGAAACAUUUCCUUGAUGGUAAGGAAUCAUCUAUAAUUGUCCUGUGGCUUCAAAACAAACGACACAACAAACUGUUCAAUUUAAGACAAAAGGGGAAAAUGAAAGAUUUCUUACCACAGCUUGGAGACAUCAUAAAUUUAAACCUGAAUCUAGGAUCUUUUCUAGUUUUAUUCUGCCUAUAACACCAGGAGACUGAUGACACAAAUGAAAACGCUCUUUUGGACAGUUUUCACCUUUUCCCCCAAACAAUUCGGUAUAAACAACACACUCUAUACUACAAAAAAUUUCCUGAUCUCAGUAAAAUAAUUACAAAGAGAUGUUAAUACUGCUCACCAGCUCACGUCUCCAAAUCUCAAAGCUUGUUACUACUGAGGCCUCUUACCACAGUUAAGACACAUUUAUCUCCUAAUGUCAGUAUUUAGAUGUAAAUGUCGAUUAUAGCUUCAAGCUGAUCUAAAAAUCUUUUCAUAAUUAGAACGAUUAUUUAUUUAAACUGGAUUUGUGAGGAAAAACUGUUAAGCUUUAUUUUAAUAUUGUGGUGUGCAGAGUGGUUUUAGCAGGUGAUAGAGAAAUAAUGUAGGUUUAAUUAAGGGCCAAUAAAGUCCAUGCACAUAGCUAUCAUAGCGCAACAAUUUCCUCUUCAGUCGACUCGAGAUAAUACAAGACAGGACAAAUAAAGUGAAAUAAAUUGGAAGAGAUGCUGACAUGUGUUUUAGAGUCCUUUAAAAAGGUCUUUUCUGACAUUCAUUUUAGCCUUUUACAAAAUUUGACCUUUUUCUCUGCGAAUGACUUUUUUUUUUUGGUUGUUUUGAUUUGUUUAUUGUUGUUUGUUUGUUUGUUUCUUGUUGGUUGCUUGCUUGGCUGGCUGAUUGACUGAUUGUUUUUAUAUUUGAUUUUUUCCACUUAAUUUAUCUCUUGUAUAUACUGUACCACUAUACUUGUUUACUAUUGUCUUCAACAUGAGCUUGGAAUAAUCAGAGCAUCAUAUCCAUUAAUUUAGUCAGUGUAAGUGAAAACCCGUUUGCACCCUUUAUGAUGUAAAAUGACACUGUAGCUUGCUACCAAUGGUUUCAUAUUUUUGAUCUCCAAAAGUCUAUCAAAGAAAAUUCAAUGCUAUUGAAAAAUUUUAUAUCAUUAUUCUUAUCAUGUGAUCAUGCAUAUGCAAUUUACAUAUAUUUACUCUCAUUACAGCUGGUCUUUUAAAUGCCAAUAAUACAGUGUACCAAUAUCACCAAUGAUGCAGUUAUUUAAAAUGGAAAAAAUUUAAAUGCUUAAAUUAUGUCUCUUAAUGUUCAUACUUUGCACCUUACAUUGCAUCCAAAAGCUUGAAACAUAUGUACAUAUAAGCACAUAUAAGCUUUCUCCACUUCUCCAUUUCUGUUUCAUAUUUCUGCUUUUUUCUCUUUCGUCUUUUUAUGAUGGCAUCUAUUCUUGAACGUGCUUUGUUUAAGAAAGAUUAGGAUAUGCAGUAGUGGUAGGAGUGUGUACAUCGAUCAAAUAACAAAUUAUUGUUCAUUAAAAAACAUUGUGAAGUCCAGGAUAAAAUAAAAAAAUGUAUAGAUGUG